AGUUAUAAUUGCUUGUCCUUGUCAGACUCAUUUUUUUUAGGGAAAAUCUCAUACAAUGCCAAGCUUUGGUGGGGAACAAAGUCCUCAGUGUGAGAACAGUGAUUGAUUACUAUAGUUUUCAUGGUGAAUAUGUGUUUUGCUUACAAAAAUUAUAAUAUUUAUCAAAGAAAUUACAAAGUUUUAACGGAUUAAAAUGGUUAGUUGCUCAAUUUUGCACUGUACUAGUGAUAAUCGCCAAAAACAUGAAGACUUAACCUUUCACAGAUUUCCACGAAAUAAAACAACACGUCAAAAGUGGAUAGCCGCUACUGGAAGAAAAAAUUGGAAGCCAACUACAAACCACCGCAUAUGCUCCAAGCAUUUCGAACAGUUUCAUUUUCGCAAGACUCCACGACAAGUAUUCCUGUGGAAGUACGCGAGCCCAACGUUGUUGACACCGUUACCUAUUCCCUCAGAACCCCGAAUUGCGCCAGAAAUGGCUCCGCGCAGUCGAUAGGAAAACCUGGACUCCCCAAAAAUACUCCGUCAUAUGUUCAAAACAUUUCGAACAAAAGUAUUUCAGGGGAAAAGUACGAAUUAAACUCAGAAUCGACUCAAUUCCGACUUUGUUUGUACCUGUACUAUUUCCCACAUGAUCCAGUCAUAAAAGAGAAAUGGAUUGCAGCCACGGGCCGGAAAGACUGGUUCCCGACCAAACACAGUACUAUUUGUUCCAUACAUUUUGACAAUACCAGUUUCAUUGAAGGGAAAAAGUUGCGUUUGUUGAAAAAAACGGCAUACCCUACUGUUAAUAUACUAAAACUCAUUGAAAAUGAUGAGGUAAAUACGGAUGAUACAGAGAUUUCAGAGCCAGGGCCGUCGAAGAGGUCUCGACGUGAUUCAAACAGCUCGACCGACUCAGAUUCUAAUGAUGAAAUCAUUGAGCAAUGUCGCUUUUGCGCAAAAUACAGCAAAGACUGCAUGGACACAUGCUACGUACCAUUCCUUAUGGAAAACAAAGCCUCCAUAGUCUUCAACGAUAACUACGUAAAUCUGGACUUUACAGAUAAUAAUUUACCAAAAACUGUUUGCCGUGACUGUACCAGAAAACUUCAGGAUAUAAUUAGCUUUAUUACACAAGUAACAGAAGCGCAAAAGAAAUUUAAAGUUGUAGCGAAGAACAAUAGAAAAGUAUAUGAAUUCAAAGAUGAAACAAUCAAAAAGAAACAAACGAUAAAGAAAAAUAGACAAACAAGUAAAAAACUUGAUAGCACCAGAGACACAAUUGAAAAAGAAACAAUAACAAAUGAUGAUGAUGAUGAAGAUACCAGAGAUGCUUUUGAAAAUACAGAUAUUAAAAUAGAAUAUGAAUCCCCAACGGAUGAAGGUAACAUCAGAGAUAUACAUAAAAUUAAAAUUGAACAAGAACCUGAGGAUAAUACAGAAAUAACUGAUUCUUUACUUGUUGAACAACCUGUGUUCUUUAGAGGGUAUAAAAGGAAAAAUGAAGAUGCAGCUGUAACGAAGAAAGCUAAAUUUAUUUGCGAAGAAGAAGUUACAUUCGAAAUGGAUGUAAAAGAAGAAGUAACAAAUGACGCAAAUGAAGAUUAUCCUGAAGUUGAAGUAGAAUAUGACAGUGGGACAGCUACAACUGGGAUUGGUACGGCAGGGACUGUCAGUACUGAGAAUGUUACACCUGGGACAAUUACUACUGGGAUUGGUACAACUGGGACUGUCACUACUGAGAAAGUUAUACCUGGGACAAUUACAACUAGGAUUGGUACUAUUGGGACUGUCACUACUGAGAAAGUUAUACCUGGGACAAUUACAACUGGGAUUGGUACAACUGGGACAGAUUCAAGUGGGAUUGGUGCGUUUAGUGCUUUAGCAAGUGUAAAAUAUAUUACUAUUGAUGGCUCUACUGGAAGGUUUUGUGUUAAAUCAGGAAAUAAAGGAAAUGAGACAGAGUGAACAUUGAAUGAGAAAAACGAAAGUGACACUAAGUGAAAAUAAAGUUUUCUGAUUAUUGUAAAUAUCAAAACAAAUUAACCAACAGUGUUUUUAAGUAAAAUUGAUUAUACAUUCUAAAAAUAAAGAAUUUCUUCAUGAAAAAGAA